ACAAAGAACUUGACAUUUUGCAACGUGGAGCUUCCAAUUGAGGACAGAGCGAAGGACCUGCUCGCGCGAUUGACCUUACCAGAAAAAAUAAAAUUGCUGGUGAGCAGUUCGGCAGCGGUGCCGAGGCUAGGCUUACCGGCGAACCAGUGGUGGUCGGAAGCACUUCACGGGGUGUCCAAUGUGGGCCCCGGCACAAAUUUCAAGGGCCAAAUCUCGGCGGCCACCAGCUUCCCCCAAGUCAUCACCACUGCUUCUUCCUUCAAUUCCUCCUUGUGGCUCCUGAUUGGACAGGCCGUCUCAGAUGAAGCGAGAGCCAUGUAUAAUGUAGGACAGGCUGGUUUGACAUAUUGGAGUCCUAAUGUGAACAUUCUUAGAGACCCAAGGUGGGGUCGUUCACAAGAGACUCCCGGCGAAGAUCCUCUUGUGGUCAGCACUUAUGCAACCAGCUAUGUUAAGGGAUUACAGGACGUCGCUGGGCAAGGCAAUGAGAACCGAUUAAAGGUCGCUGCUUGUUGUAAGCACUACACAGCGUACGACCUUGACAAAUGGAAAGCCGUUGAUAGAUUUCACUUCAAUGCUGAGGUGAGCCAACAAGACUUGGACGAGACAUAUAAUGUCCCGUUCAAAGCCUGCAUAACGGAAGCCAAUGUUGCUAGUGUCAUGUGCUCUUAUAAUCAAGUUAAUGGAAAGCCUACUUGUGCAGACCCUGACCUCCUUGGCAAGACCAUUCGUGGUCAAUGGAACCUUAGUGGGUACAUUGUGUCCGAUUGUGACUCAGUCGAUGUCUUGUUUAAAUAUCAGAGAUACACAAAAAGGCCUGAAGAUGCUGCUGCCUUAACCAUCAAGGCAGGUUUGGAUUUGAAUUGUGGGUCUUUCCUAGCACGUUACACCGAAGCUGCUGUGAGGCAAGGCAAGCUAAAUGAAAGGGACGUGAACACAGCCUUGACCAAUACAAUUAAGGUCCAAAUGAGAUUGGGCAUGUUUGAUGGUGACCCAUCUUUGCAACAAUCCUUUGGGCUACUAGGCCCAGCAAAUGUGUGCACGAAGGCCCACCAAAAGUUGGCCCUUGAGGCAGCCCAACAAGGAAUUGUCCUUCUUCAAAACCUAGGAAAAUCAUUGCCCUUAUCAGCUUCCUGUCGGCCCACCGUGGCUGUCAUUGGGCCUAACGCAAAUGCUACUGUCACCAUGAUAGGAAACUAUGCCGGUGUUCCUUGUGGGUACAUAAGCCCUCUACAAGGAAUUGGCAAUUACGUCAACACCACUUAUGCACAAGGGUGCACAAAUGUAGCAUGCAGCGGCAAGCAAGACCAGCUAUUUCUGGCGGCAGAGGCAGCAGCCCAACGGGCCGAUGCCACAAUUUUGGUAAUGGGCCUAGACCAGUCCAUUGAAGCAGAGGGCAGAGACAGGACUGUGCUCCUCUUACCUGGACGCCAACAAGAGCUCAUUUCGAGAGUGGGCAAGGCCUCGAGAGGCCCAGCCAUUUUAGUAUUGAUGUCUGGUGGCCCAAUUGAUAUUUCGUUCGCGCAAAAUAUUGACGCUAAUGUUGCUGCAAUUUUAUGGGCCGGGUACCCUGGUCAAGCCGGAGGUGCAGCGAUUGCAGACGUUUUGUUUGGAAAAGUCAAUCCAGGGGGAAAGUUGCCCAUGACAUGGUAUCCACAGAGCUACGUGGAUAAGGUUCCAAUGACUAACAUGGCCAUGAGACCUAACUCAUCAACAGAUUACCCGGGUCGGACUUACCGAUUCUAUGAAGGCGCUGCAGUGUAUUGGUUUGGGGAUGGACUCAGCUACACCAACUUCGAACACACCUUGGUUGGAGCCCCGACAACGCUUCAAGUGCCCAUUUCUAAUCUCCGCGCAUUCAAAAACUCAACCUCAUCAAGCAACGCUAUUCGAGUCGCUCACACCAAAUGUGAAGGACUCUCAUUGCGCGUGCACGUUGACAUAAGCAACACUGGAUCCAGAGAUGGGUCUCACACCCUCCUGCUAUUCAACACGCCUCCUGUUCACAAACAGGCUCCUAAGAAACAUUUGGUUGGUUUUAAGAAGGUCCACCUGGUGGCUGGGUCGAGAGGAGGAGUCAUGAUGGAUGUUGAUGUGUGCAAACAUCUUAGCAUUGUGGACGAAUUCGGAAUUCGAAGGGUCGUCAUGGGCAAACAUACCCUUCACAUUGGUGAUGACGGUCUUAAGCAUGUCGUUUCCCUCCAAACAAGUUUAGAGGGAAUGAAGCCUCUCUAA